AUGCUUCAAGAAACCCUGGCCGCUGCUCGCCAGACCACAGAGGUGUUCGAUAGCCACAGUCUCGCUGUGCAGAGCCGUCUCCGCUCCGCCUCGAACAAGUCGAACAGCCAGGCGCUCGCGCUGACGAUCACGGCGGCGGGCGGCAGCUCCACCGGCGUCGAUGGAGCGACGCGUGACCCGGGCCCCAUUGUGCGCUCGCCGACGACGGAAAAAAAGUCCCUCUUCACAGAUGCCCUGCUGCUGCGCUCCGGCGGCCGCAGCAGCAACCACAACAACAAGGGGCAGCAGGCGGGCGAUGGCGGCAGCGCAUCCGUCGACCUGGCUGCGAGCACGUCCGCUUCGUCAAUGAUGCUGGCGGCGGUCUCGGUGCACAGCGCUGGUAGAGGUGGCGCCGCCGUCGUCUCGGCCAACAACCGCAAGGUGGUGGUCCCGUUCUGCGUGAGCAGCUGGCAGAAUCGUAAAAAGCUGAUCGUGCCGGUGGAGCAGCGUCUUGCCCAGCAGCAGGAUGACCGACUGGAUCCUGGCAGCGGCAUCGGUGAUGCCGUGAUGGACCUGGCGGUAGCGAUGCAGCAGGCAUCGAAGGAGGUGGCCGCGGAGCUGGCAGAGAAGGAGAGGGCAAAGGCAGAGGAAGAAGAGCGCCGCCAAGCCGCGCUGGAGGCAGCGGAGGCGGAGAAGGCACGUCAGCUGCUCGAGCAGAAGGCGGCCGAGCUUGCAGCCCAUGCGCAGCGCCGGGAGACACGGGAGCAGCGGAUGGUGCGAAUCCGGCUGGAGCGCGAGCUGCGAGAGCAGGAAAAGCUGGCGAAGCAGCAGCAGCGACUGCGCGAACGGGCCGCCACGAGGCUGAACAUCACCGUGGAGGAUCUCGAGGCGGACGAGCAGCUACUAAGAUCUGUAGAGGAAGCUUCUGUAUACGCGAAGAGCGGUAGUGGUGGUAUGGCCUCGGCCGACCCCACGGGGGCGCCAUCGUCCAAGGAGAAGCAAGAGUCAUUCGGGGGAUCCGGCCGACAAGUACCCGGCGACAACGGCGACGACGACGGCGACGGCACCGUAGGCGGUAGCAGGAAGCCUGCCGUGCGCGGCGGCGUCUUCGCGAAUGCGGUAAUCAGCAACGAGGGCAUUCAGCGCGAGAUGCAGGCACUCGCCGAAGUGGAGCAGCAGCAGCACCACCACCACGAUGGCAUUCGUUUGCGCGAGGACGACGAGGCGAGUGCCGCCGAUGACGACGACGAUGACGGCGGCAGCUUCCAGCUCAACAAGUUCGUCAAGAAGAAGCAACGUCUGUGA